AUGCCUAAGAAAGCUGUUUUAAAACAAAAUUCACAUAUAUCAAAAAAAGAUACUGCAUCUUUAAGCAAAAAAGCACUUACACCCUCAGAUAAAAAAAAUACAUCUUCAAUCAAGAAUAAAAGAACUCAUAAUGAUCAAAACAAAAUUAGCGAGAGUCGUGAAUUUAAAGACUUUGAUAAUGAUGACUCUGUCAAUUUUAAUAAAGUACUUACGAGCAGCAAUACCAAAAACUCUCGAAUGCAAUACUCAAAUUCUCACUGCAAAACACUCUUAUUCGAAUCAGAUUAUAAAGUAGCAGCAUAUGUUGCUGAACAACCAGAACUUUUAAAAAUUGUAAAUCAAAUGGCUUAUUAUGAUGGUCUUAAAAUGUCAGACAAUGAAGAAAAAACUAUG